GCAACUAACACGAGACAAAAGGAUGCAGAAAAAAAAAAAAGGCAUUGUAGAUCUUCUGUAACUGUACUCCACUAAAAUCAUAUUUGUCUUUCUCAUUCAUACAUUGAAGGUACCUUCUUUUUUGUUCUUAGUGGUUUAAAUGCUAGUUCAGGGGAAGUUGUUUGAAACACAGAACCAAAGGGUUGGUUGUGUUUUUUUUCGAUUUGAACCCUUAAAUCGUUAGCCUGAAAGAGGUAUAAUCAUGAAGGAAAACACCCCUUGAACGGCCAGUUGGUUAGAAUGCAAGCACUGAGCUGCCAGUGCUCACGUUGCCUCUAUUUAUUUCUACAAGUCACAUGACUUGUAGAGACUAAGGGAAGAGGACAUUUAGUCCUUUUAAAACUUCUUGGCAGAAAGAUGAUGGCAUUAAGUUGUAGUUACAUUAAAGCUUUUUUUUCUUGACAUGAUUUUAUGAAUAGCGCAGCACAGAAUUUAUUCGUAGAGUGUCACAGGAUGUCUACAUGCAGAAUCAGUGUAGCAUUAUUUAUAUGUAGUAUAACAUAAUUUUCUAACAGUUUCACUCACAACUUCCAAUCACCCAUAUCCACUGUAGGCUGUGUUGUUUUUUUAAUACAUCAUCUGCUGUGUUAAUGUAACAAUCAUAAUCCAGACUCAAAAAUCAAAUACAACAAUACAAUUUGCUGCCUCGGUGGCCAGGAGAAGCAGAUGGUGGUGGACACAUACUUGAUCACUGAGGGGUCCUUGUCUCACUGUUCAGCAGUGUUUGUUGUCCAAGACGCCUGCUGGGACUUGCAAUUGCUUGGUUCUACACAUGGUGUUCUGGGUGUCCUUAUGCUUCCCCGUUCUGUGGUAACACCUGGCUGGCCAGGUGCCUUGGACCUUCCAGAUUAGUAAUGACGUGAAUCAGCCUAGGAACCUGGAGGUUGCUAGGACGUGUCAAGUGCUCCAACUUAGGGCACAGUACCUUCAAGAUCUGAUGAGGGAAACUGAAUGAAUACGAGACGCACUUAGUGCCACAGGAUGGCUACUUGCCUUAUAAAAUGGCGUAGUUACGAUAAAUACAUUGUAAGAGGAAGUAGGGGCUACUGCCGUCACGCCACCCCCUUGGAACCGUUACUAUACCAGUGGCACUAGCUUGGGAUAGCGCCUACUGCUCACGUGCUUAACCUGUGUGCUGCUUGAACAGACGGAGAACGACAGUCGGCGGUUCGAGAGGCGCCGCAGGCCCUCAUAAGCCCGAUCCGACCCAGCAUCAGACCGCAUUUCUCCAGGGGUCGGAAAUGAGGUAGGGCAGAAAUUACGUAGCGGAGUAGUGCGACGUGCCACCCCCCACCUCCCGGUGGUGUCGCCCAGGCUGACGGCUCUGCGCAUGCGCGGGACUGGGCUGCGCAGUCACGGUGUUGCGCCAUCCCCUCCGAACCCUACGCACCUGCGCUGCUGGGGUCAGGCCAGCGGCGCACCCAUCAUCCCUGUCAUGGCUGACGCGCGCUUGAGGCAGAUCAAGAUCAAGACCGGUGUCGUGAGGCGAUUGGCGAAAGAAAAAUGUAUGUAUGAAAAAGAAGCAAAACAGCAAGAAGAAAAGAUUGAAAAAAUGAAAGCUGAAGCAUGUGAUGAUUAUGGAAUUAAGAAGCAGAUCGAGAUCUUGCAAGAAUCCAGAAUGAUGAUUCCAGACUGCCAGCGCAGAUUAGAAGUCGCACGUGCAGAUCUUACUCAGAUACUAGAAAAUGAAAAAGAAUUGGAAGAAACCGAAGACUAUAAAGCAGCACGUUCCAUACUGGAGUCAGUGAAGCUGGAAGCCUAGGAGUUUUACAGUACUGUUUUUAAAUUCAUUAGCACUGGGUCCAUUCCACACUGACUGUGGCUCUACUACUAUUGUUGACUUGCUAAGGUUCCUUUUAUGCAAACUGGCCUUUCUCUAACUGCAAGAUGCAUCAAAUAAAGGAUGUUCUGAAACAUCUGUGUGUUCCAUAUUCAAGCAAAACAGAAACAUUUCCAAUUUACCUCACUUACAAAAGUAAAAAAUAAAGCUGAUUUAAUGUAAGCAUAACAGUGUAAGCAGCUAUACACAGACCUUAAUUUGGACAAUUCAGGCUAAGAAACAAAGUUUAGCUAUGUAAGGAAUGUGAGGGACCAAUAAAUACUUUAGAAUGAAAUAGACAUAGAAUGGUUUGUUGGAAGAGCCCUUAAAGAUUUAUCUAGUUCCAACCCUCUCUUGCCAUGGGCUUUAGAAGCACUUUACGUUUCAAAUAAUUUAAAGCCAUUAUAGCAUAACAAUCGGUACUGAAAGAGGAGAUGGACUAAAUGACCCUUCAAAGUCACCCAAAUUGUACAGAUACAAUUUAUCUGUAAUUCUAUCAGGUAUGUAGUCCCUGUUUAUCUUUGAGUCAAAGAUGGAAUUAGGAACUGAUUCCAAAUCUUUCUCAAUUUGACUGCAGUUGAUUUGUAGAGCCCAGUUCAGACAAUUACCAUUGAUAAAAAUUCUGUUCGUUUUCAAGGAAAAGAAUUUUAUGGUUAACUCGUAUGUUGUCAGAUCAGCUAUUAAGAGUUCUCAAUUGAAUGCUUUUCCUGAAAGCACCUUGGCCUAAGGGAGUUUUUUCUGAACAAAGCUCAAACCCCAGAAGAUGAAACAGAACUAAUAUGUAAGGGAGGAAUGCUUUAUCUGUGUGGAAGGCCAUUCAAACAUUAUGUACAAAAGCUGUGGUUAUUUUGAAAUAGCUUCUCUAUAAACAGCAAACUCUGUGGAUGAACAAGAAGGCUUUUUACAUUAGAUUUUCUAGUUUUAAAGUUCUCUGGCAUGUUCCUUAAAGGCAACACAAAGCACAGUGUACUUUUG